CUCCAUCAAUCUUCUUCUUCAGUUACAUUUUUCUGGACCGAGAAUUAGAGGCGCACAGGGCAUCGCGGGGGAAAAUUACAAAGCUCAAUUCUUGAGCUACACUGAUCCAAAAAUCCCGUAAGUAAUGCCUAAUUCAUCAUACAUCGUGAUUUAUCGAUUUAGAGCUUUAAAACAAGUUUUUGGUUCAGAAAUUUCUUGAAUUCCCGAUAAGCCAAAUUAGGGUUUCGGAGUAUCCGGAAGCCGGAUUGAGCCCAAAUUUCAUAUACGAGCUUCCUGCAGCGAGGUAAUCAAUCCUCUAGUUCUAAUCCUUGAAUUUCGGCAAUUAUUUAGGCCAGGGUCCAAACCGCUGAAUUUAGCUCCGGCCAGGGUUUGAUGUGGUUUUAUCGAGAAUUUGACCCGGAGCCUAGAACUAAUAUUGACGGGGAUACUGCAGGAGAUAUUAAGACGGUCUCGGAUUUUAAUUCGGGGUUCGUUCGUGAAAUUGACGUUUUAGUACGGGAAGGUUAAACCGGUGUUUGAACGACCAGAACUGGUGAGGGAUUAGCACGGCAUACCGGGUUUGUCGUAUCACGAUAAUUAUAUUGAUGCUUAGAAUUGACCUAGGUUUACUAGAAUGGCAUGAUUAGGGGUGUAUGGACUUUCGUGCUAUAUGAUGAACCCUGGACUGCUGUAUGAUAUUAUUGACUUGCCCUAAUCGAUAUGAACCUUGUUUAUGUGGAUGAUUGCAUACAUGUUGCCAUUUGUGGCUUAAUUGUUGAUAUGACUUCAUGGUUGUUCGAUAAGAGGUUUUGACAUGGUGUGAUAUUAUGGUUGUAUUUGGAUCCAUAAGUGGGGGAAUAAACUUCCCAAGGUGAUAUUAUGAUGUUUUAAGGAGGAUGACUUGCACGAGGGUUUAUCCCGAGGAAGUGCAAUUAUACGACUCCUGAUUUACCUAUGUUGAGCCAAUUGUAGCCUGGUCAAGUACAUGUGCAAGUAACGAAUUAUGAUUAAGCAAGAUGAGAUAUGAAUCAUGUAUAAGGAUACCAAAUAUGAGUGUUGUGGUCUCACGGUCAACUACAUAGUAAUUAGGGCUCCCUAUGCUAUUACUCUAUUAUGAUAAGUAUGAUAGUCACACCUCUCAUGUGGUGGUGACUGAAGUUUUCUUACGAGAUAUGACCACACCCAGAGUGGUGUCGGGGUAUGACUACACCCAUAGUGGUGUGGGGUAUGUAUGACCACAUCCGACGGGAUGUUGGGGUAUGUAUGACUACAUCCGACGGGAUGUGGGGUAUGUUUCCCGGGAGAGUUAUUAGCAUGGGAGUAGCCAGGCGCCUAUGAUUAAAACAUGAUAAGAUGCAUAUGCAUAAGUCAAGGUGGUUGAGUCUUUUGCCUAUUGGGAUGUCGGAGGGCUGAGAUCCGAUCCUAGUGUUUUGGCUUGAUUGUUAGAUGUAUGAUAGGGGUAUGCUCUGUUAUGAACUCACGAUGCUAUGAUUAUCUCACUCAGCUAUGAGCUGACCCUCUUUUAUUCUUCUUCUAUGCUUAUGCCAUGUGUAAGCAGAUCAUCAGCGGCAGUAGAUAGGUGUAUAGGUGGGAGCUGAGAAAGAGUUGAAGGCAAGAUGAGGUAUGGUCUACAACCAUUAUGUGCUUGGACUACUACUCGGGAUUUUGGCCAGUGAUCCACACCCUUUUGUAAAAAUGUUUUGAGAACGUUUUUCAUGUGCAUACUAGCUUCUGAUGUAGUGUGAGAUAUCCACAGGUGUGGAAAGUUGAUGAUAUAUGUAUAUGUUGUGUAACUGUGUAAGUUGUGACUAUUAUGGCUUGUAUAAGUAUGGUAUGCAGUUGUGGAGUAUGAAAACUGUGACUAUGGCUAAGAAAAGCCAAUGUAUAUGGCUGUGAGUAUAUAUGUUUGUGAAUUAUUUUGCAGGAUAAGUUGCAAGAACUGUUAGCCCAUUACGCGAGUAAUUCAUGUCGAAAUUUUAUUUGGGUAAAUUUUGAUAAUUAAUGUAACACCCGAGAUUAAUUCCGCUGCAAUUGUAUGAACAAUAUGAUUAGGCAAAACGUAUAGGGUAGGGUGUUACAGACGGUUUAACCACGAUUAAUCGACUUGUUUAAUUCAAUAUUGAGGUUGCCCUAACUCAACCUAGUACCCCAUAAUGACUUAAACUGGGAAUUGAGUUUUACAUGAUUAUGUGUAUUGGUAUAUUGGAUGAAAUUAUCUGCAUCAUGGUUUUCAAAAUUGAGUUUUGAACUUAUUUGUUUUCAAGUAAUUAUUUUGGAAAAUAUUUUUUGUUUUAACCAAGUGAGAGAUUUGGUGAAGAAUGAAUUUUGUGUGGAUCAAUCUAAGGCCAAUAUUUCCUUGUAGCUAGCACGGAAGUUGUCAUAAUGUUCCUACUGACAAAUCGAGAGGAGUGGGGGCGGUUGAUGCAAGACCGCCAGUAUUAGAUUAUGCAAAGAUGAAGAGUUUGGGUGGUAGGGACUUUAAAGGAGAUGUGAGUCCGGAUGCUGUGGUAGAGUGGUUGAGGGAGAUGGAAGAUGUGUUUGAAUAUCUUUAUGCGACCCUAGAGGAAAAAGUACAAUAUGUUGUUCUUCUCCUAAAGGGGUACGCGAGGAGCUGGUGGUCCUCAGUCUCUAGAGUUAAUGGUGAACGAGUUCAUUUCACCUGGGAGGAGUUCCUGAAGGCCUUUAAGACAGAGUUUCUUCCCGAAGCUUUUAUCAGGGCAAAGAACAAUGAAUUUGCCAACCUUAAGCAGGAGAAUAUGACAGUUACUGAGUACACCAUCAAGUUUGUUCGACUGCUUUACUUUGAGGAUGGGUUGGCGGAUACUGAGCAUAAGAAGAAGAUGAGAUACUUGCAUGGUCUGCGCAUAGGGUUGAAAGAAAAGGUCCACAGGGUUGAUGAAGAGAGUAUGGCCACAAUCAAGGAGGCAGCACUUAAGUAUGAAGCCUAUGAAGUUGAGAGCCGAGAGGAACACAAGGCUAAAGAAGAGGAGAAGAAGAGGAAGUUUGGAGUAAAUUAUGCUGGACCUCGUUACCCACCCAGGAGAGGUCCUAGCAGUUUUGGGAGAACACCGAGUCAAUCUAUGCCAGGAACAUCAUACAGGGCACCAAUUUCCUCAGCCACACAAUUUCCAUUUUGUCAAGUUUGUCAGAAGAGGCAUCUUGGAGAGUGUAGGAGAUUUUGUGGUGUAUGCUUUCACUGUGGCCAACCUGGGCACAUCAUGAGGGAUUGCCCGCAUGCGAGAGAAGUAAGAGCUACACAGUCCGAGCCUUCAGUGCAAAUGAGUAGAGCCCCAUUCAGGGGUGGUUACCAGGGAGGCCGUAGUGGAUUUCAGAGUGGUCGUGGUGGUACACAGGGUGGUAGAGGUGGUGGUCGAAAUCAGCCAUCAGGAAGUGGUACGCAGGGUACCAGAGCACAGGGAGCACCAAGGGUUUAUGCAAUGACUCGAGGUGAGGCAGAAGUGGCACCAGAAGUUGUGACUGGUAUGCUUUCUAUCCUUGGCAAGCAAUUAUAUGCUUUGAUCGAUACUGGUUCCUCUCACUCAUUCAUGUCAUAUACGUUUGCACAUAUGCUACGCUUAGUUCUAGAUAAGCUAGGUUAUACCUUAUGUGUUAAAACACCUGUGGGAGAUACCUUGAAGGUAGACUCAGUUAUUAGAAGUUCCUUCAUUUGUGUGGAAGGAGCUUUCCUAGCAGCAGAUUUAAUUCUGCUACCUUUUGAUGAAUUUGAUGUCAUCCUUGGAAUGGACUUUCUGGCAACACAUGGAGCUGUUGUGGAUUGUCAAAAGAAAGAAGUGUUAUUUAACACACCAGAUAAAGGUCAUGUUGUAUUUCGAGGCAUUAAGAAAAAGGAGACUCAUGGUUUUCUUUCUGCCUUGGAAGCUUUUCGGUUAGUGAAGGAAGGUUGUGAAGCCUUUCUUGCUCAAGUUACUGUUGUAAAUGAUAAGAAGGUUGAGGAUGUAGAGGUGGUAAGGGAGUUUCCUGAUGUAUUCCCCGAAGAACUUCCCGGCCUUCCACCAGAAAGGGAAGUAGAGUUUGAUAUUGAAUUGGUACCUGGCACAACACCAAUUUCAAUGGCACCAUAUAGAAUGGCACCAAUUGAGCUGAAGGAGCUUAAAGAACAAUUGCAAGAAUUGUUAGACAAGGGGUUUAUUCGACCUAGCAUCUCACCUUGGGGUGCACCGGUUUUGUUUGUCAAGAAGAAAGAGGGCUCCAUGAGAAUGUGCAUUGACUACCGGAGGUUGAAUAAGGCGACAGUGAAGAAUCGUUAUCCCCUUCCAAGAAUAGAUGAUUUGUUUGAUCAAUUGCAGGGUGCAUCAGUCUUUUCUAAGAUUGAUUUGAGGUCUGGAUACCAUCAAUUGAAAGUGGCAGAUGGAGCAACUUCAAAGACGGCUUUUAGAACAAGAUAUGGGCAUUAUGAGUUCCUGGUAAUGCCUUUUGGACUCACUAAUGCACCAGCGGUAUUUAUGGCUCUUAUGAACAGAGUUUUGCAUGAAUAUCUUGAUAAGUUUGUGAUUGUGUUCAUAGAUGAUAUUCUCAUCUAUUCUAAAAGCGAGGAGGAGCACAAAACUCACCUUAGAAUUGUGUUGCAAAUUCUAAGAGAGAAACAAUUAUAUGCAAAAUUCUCAAAAUGUGAGUUUUGGCUGAAGGAGGUAAUAUUUCUGGGACAUGUAAUUUCUGGAAGAGGUGUCGAGGUGGAUCCAAAAAAGGUGGAAGAAGUGGUGAGUUGGGCUCCACCAAAAGAUGUGUCUGAGUUGAGAAGUUUUCUUGGCAUGGCUGGUUACUAUCGGCAGUUCGUAGAAGGAUUUUCCAAAAUUGCUGCACCAUUGACUAAACUGUUGAGGAAGAAUACCAAGUAUGUUUGGGAUGAAUCAUGUCAGAAGAGUUUUGAUGAUCUGAAGAAGAAAUUGACCACAGCACCAGUAGUGGCUUUACCUUCAAACCAUGGGGAGUUUGUGGUGUAUAGUGAUGCCUCAUAUCAAGGACUGGGUUGUGUGUUAAUGCAAGAUGGAAGAGUUAUCGCAUAUGCCUCUAGGCAAUUGCGUCCUCAUGAAGUAAAUUAUCCCACUCAUGACUUAGAAUUGGCAGCGGUGGUAUUUGCUCUCAAGAUUUGGCGACAUUAUUUGUAUGGUGAGACUUUUAAAAUCCUAACUGAUCACAAAAGCUUGAAGUAUAUUAUGGAUCAGAAGGAUUUAAAUAGUCGCCAGAGGAGAUGGAUAGAGUUGUUGAAAGAUUAUGAUUGUACCAUUGAUUACCAUCCAGGUAAAGCUAAUGUAGUUGCGGAUGCCCUAAGCAGAAAGGGGAAGAAGAAUAUAAAUGAUCUGGUUGAUUUGAGGGCAAUGAAUGUGGAUUUGGAAGUGGAUGGUGUGACAGGGUUACUAGCUUGGUUGAACAUUCGACCUUUGUUGCAUGACAAAAUUCGUGAGAAGCAGAAGGAGGACCCAGAGUUGGCAAAAAUCAUUCAAGACAUUGAGGAAGGAAAAGAAAGCCCAUUUGAAAUGGUAGAUGGCAUGUUGAAGAUGAAUGGAAGAGCAUGUGUUCCUAAUGUUGAUAACUUGAGGAAAGAGAUCCUAGAUGAAGCUCAUUCUUCUGCUUAUGCUAUGCACCCAGGAGCAACUAAAAUGUAUCACACGAUCAAACCAUAUUUUUGGUGGCGUGGGAUGAAAAAGGAAGCGGCUGAACAUGUUUUCACAUGUCUAGUAUGUCAGAAAGUUAAGGCAGAACAUCAAGCUCCAGUGGGAAAACUGCAACCACUUCCAAUUCCAGAAUGGAAGUGGGAAAGAAUCACAAUGGAUUUUGUAUAUGGUCUCCCAUCAUCAAGGGGAAAGGAUGCAGUAUGGGUUAUUGUGGACCGACUAACCAAAUCGGCUCACUUUUUACCCAUUAGAUGGAAACCAUCACUGGAGACUUUGUCUCAACUAUAUAUUAAGGAGAUCGUCAGAUUGCAUGGUGUGCCAAUUUCUAUUGUCUCUGAUCGAGACCCGAGCUUCACAUCUCGGUUUUGGCAAAGUUUACAUGUUUCCUUGGGAACUAAACUGCAUUUCACUUCAGCUUAUUAUCCUCAAACAGAUGGGCAGAGUGAACGAACCAUCCUAACUUUGGAGGAAUUACUUCGAUCAUGUGUAAUGCAAUGGGAAGAAUCAUGGAUUGACCAUUUGCCCCUAAUAGAGUUUGCUUACAACAACCAAUACCAUAGUAGCUUGGGUGUUCCACCAUAUGAAGCGCUUUAUGGGAGGAAAUGCAGGACACCAUUAUGUUGGGAUGUAGAAGGAGCAAGGCAAAUAUCAGGGCCAGAGAUAGUUCAGAUCACAGUUGACAAGGUCAAGGAAAUCAGGGAGCGGUUGAGGGUGGCUCAAGAUCGACAGAAAGUUUAUGUUGACACGAAUAGGCGUGAAGUUAAUUUCGAAGUGGGUGAGAAAUUAUUUCUCAAAGUGUCACCAUGGAAAGGGGUGAUGAGAUUUGGUAAGAAAGGAAAGCUUGCACCUCGAUAUAUUGGGCCAUAUGAAAUCACAGAGAAGAUUGGACCAGUGGCUUAUAAGUUAGCAUUGCCUCCAGAACUAUCCCAAAUCCAUAAUGUAUUUCAUGUUAGUAUGCUGAAGAGGUACAAAGUGGAUCCUUCCCAUGUUAUACAACCAGAAGAGAUCGAGUUGGGUUCAGAUUUGACUUUUGAGGAGGUUCCAGUUGAGAUUGUUGAUUUUCAGAUUAAGACUCUUCGUAGGAGGGAAAUUCCAAUGUUGAAGGUGGUGUGGAGAAAUCAAGAUAGUGAGAGUGCUACAUGGGAAACUGAAGCAAGUAUGCGAGAGAAGUACCCUGAGUUAGUAGCCACCUACUUUGCAGGUUAACAAUCUUGCCUAAUAAGUUAUGUUUUCAGCU